ACUAGUCAGUAGAGGAUUCGUAUUUUAUCAAUUAUCAUCAUCUCCUCGAGAAAAGAAAAUGGGAGCUGAAGUUAUAGUGAUCUCUAAUAGCAUUGUUCGACCAGAGAGCUACAGCGAGGAAUCGGAUCGGGUUAAGAUCCAUCUCACACCAUGGGAUCUCUUCUUUCUUCGAGCCGAAUACCCACAAAGAGGUCUUCUCUUUCCUCAACCCGACCCGGAAACCCGUAUAAUCUCUCAACUGAAAUCCUCUCUUUCCGUCGCGUUGAAGAUCUUCUACCCAUUCGCUGGUCGUCUAGUCAAGAUUAAGAACGAAGACGAUGGAACGGCGUCGUUUUACGUCGAUUGUGAUGGCUCUGGUGUCAAAUUUAUCCACGCUUCAGCUAAAUCUGUUUCGGUUAGUGAUGUUUUAGAACCUGUUGACGGUAAUGUUCCUGAGUUCUUGAAUCGUUUUUAUCCGGCGAAUGGUGUUACAAGCUAUGAAGGGAUCUCGGAUUCGUUAAUUGCGUUUCAAGUAACUGAAUUGAAAGAUGGAGUUUUUAUAGGGUUUGGUUAUAAUCAUAUGGUUGCAGAUGGAUCUUCGUUUUGGAGUUUCUUCAAUACUUGGUCGGAGAUUUGCUUUAACGGGUUUGAUUCCGAUCAUCGGAGAAAGUUUCCUCCUUUGCUUCUCCGUGGGUGGUUUCUCGACGGGAUUGAGUAUCCGAUUCGAAUUCCGAUGUCGGAGACGGAGACACCGAACCGGGUUGUUGUUACUUCAUCGUUAAUACAAGAGAAGAUUUUUCGAGUCACGAGUAGAAACAUCUCUGAGCUUAAAGCUAAAGCUAACGGCGAGGUUAGUUCCGAUGAUCGGAAAAUCUCGUCACUUCAAGGGGUUUCAGCGUUUAUGUGGCGAUCGAUAAUUAGAAACAGUGGUCUGAAUCCGGAAGAAGUGAUUCAUUGCAAGUUACUGGUGGAUAUGAGACGAAGACUAAACCCUCCGCUGGAGAAAGAGUGUUUCGGGAACGUGGUUGGAUUCGCGACGGUGACGACCACGGUCGCGGAGAUGCUUAACAAUGGGCUUGGUUGGGCUGCAUUGCAAAUAAACAAAACUGUUGGGUCACAAACGAAUGAAGAGUUUAGAGAGUUUGCUGAGAAUUGGGUGAAGAAACCGAGUAUACUGAAUGCUAAGGCUUUUAGUAAUUGUAUAACAAUUGCUAGCUCUCCACGGUUCAAUGUGUAUGGAAACGAUUUCGGUUGGGGUAAACCAAUUGCGGUUCGAGCUGGACCGGGAAAUACUACCAAUGGUAAACUCAUUGCUUAUCCGGGGAUUGAAGAAGAAGCAGCGAUUGAUCGAUUACCGUUAGACCUUCUGGCUUAUAUAUUUUCAUUGGUCACUUCUUUCACCGUUUUGGGGCAGGCAAGUGGUGUUUGCAAGAAAUGGAGAAAAGCUGUAAAUCAAUCGAUGGCGAGAAGAGAAUCUCUGAGCUUUGCUGGUUGGAAAAUGGACGAUGAUUCCACUUCUCGUCUUGUUCAUCUUGCUUACAACCUCAAAGAACUCGACAUAUCUCGGAGCAGAUGGGGUUGUCAUAUAACUGAUAAUGGUCUUUACCAAAUAGCUUCUGCAAGAUGUGUUUCCAAUUUAAACUCUGUUUCUUUAUGGGGCAUGACCGCCAUUACUGAUUCUGGUGUUGUUCAACUGAUUUCAAGAACUUCUUCACUGCAACACCUAAACAUAGGAGGAACCUUUAUAACCGAUGAGUCUCUCUUCGCUAUUGCAGAACGCUGCCAUCAUCUUAAGACAAUCGGGAUGUGGUGUUGCCGUCAUGUGACAGAGAGAGGCCUUCUUGUUCUUGUAAACAAAUGCAGAAAACUCGAAUCGAUCAACUUAUGGGGAACUAGAGUUCCUGUGGAUUGCUUCAUUGCUUUACUUACUAUCAGUCCUGCACUUCAGAUCAAACCCAUGGAAUUGCUUCUCAAUGCUCAAAAUCCACCACCAUUGUUGCAUGCUGUCUAGUGUUGCUCAACAUUUGUCCUGUUUGUUGUGUACAUAGUAAUUCAUAAAAUUGAAUCUGCAUAUAUCUUAUGUGUUCUCUCAUCAAUAACAUAUAUAAAUUAUUCAGUAAACUUUCUUUUGAAGU